AGUUACUAGCUUCCACUGAUGUCAGAAGUAUCGACAUUCUUGAACGAAAUACCUCGUGCUGUUUAGUAUUGUUAGUUUGUUGUAAACACUUUACUUACAGGUUUGGAUCUUCUCUAAAGUGUAAAUAAUGUAGUGGAAGCCAAUAGUGGCAGUCAGUAGCAGUUACUUACCUCCACUAGAACCUCGACCACGCAACACUGAAACACCUGAUGUUUAUUUUUGCUGGCUUAUUGUAAAAAACUCCCAAAUUGUAUCUAAGAUUUGAAUAACUCUUCGUUUCUCCAAGUUUCAAUCCUAGUUAUUUUUAGUAGAUAACGUUCCUUUGAUCAUUUUAAAAUGAGUGACAAUACGAUCCCAGUUUCAUUGAAGUGGAGUGUUCAACAUAUUCUUGUGUUCUUAGAGUGUUAUGAAGACUAUGAGCUAUUAUGGAAUGUGCAUCACGAUGAUUACGCUAAUAAGAUGAAGAGAGAGCGCGCCACACUAGCGCUAAAAAGUGAUCUAAUCGAACUGGGCUUACCUGUUCCUGACUUGACUUUUCUGCGGGCGCGAGUCAAGGCUGUCAAAACUACAUACAAGAUGGAAGCUUUGAAAAUUUUGGAAUCGAAAAAAAGUGGAGAUGUUCAUGUGUACAAACCGAAACUGCAAUGGUUCAACGCAGCUGACAAGUUCCUCAGAUGUAUUAUACCAGGACUGACUAAUCAAUCAGAUUUGGAUACAACAACCAAUGGGAACGAGGAGGAAAAGUUAACUUUCAUAGAGCAAGACGAAGACGGAUCUGCUAAAAAGAGUAGACGGUUAGCAAGGUUAUCCUCUGUGCGGGCGCAGAAGAGACAGAAGAUCUCCGAACCAUCAGAGACACCGUCUGUGACUCCCAGUAGUGAAACUGAAGUAAUCAACACUAAUCCACCAUCAACUGACCAGUUCCAGGCCUUCGGAAAUCAAGUUGGACUUAGAAUCAGAGACCUCACAUCGCAGAAUGCUCAAAAAAUAGCGAAACAUUUGAUUAGCAAUAUACUCUUCGAGGCGGAAAUGGGUAAGUAUGAUAGUAACCCUUUCAGUGCAACUAACUCACCACCUUUCAACCCUUUGAACUUUGUACAACCACUGUAUUCGGUACCUAACCAAAAUGGGCUGCCAUCUUGUACUGGGCAAUCAUCAUCAACAACAACCUCAAAAACCAACGAGAGGUGUCAUUCUAUCUGUCCGUUCCUAAAUAAAAAAUAACCUUAUUUUGAUGGUGCACCAGUUUGAAUUUAUUCUAUCCUGAAUUAUAAUUAGUUGAAAUUGUUGGCAUUCUAUAUUAGUAUCAUAGGCAUAAUUAUGCUUAUAAUAAUAGGCAUCUAUAGUUUCAAUCUCAUGCAACAAAGAGUGAAAUUCGAGUUUGAUAAUUGAAUUUGUGAUUUGAUUGAUUGAGAAGUGACUAUCGGCAAUCUAUAAAUAUUUAUAUAACGGUUACGUAAUCUUUAACGGACCCAUUUUUCGCUGUUUUUCUUUAGACACUAUUCAAUUGUAUUCUACAUAAUCCUCAUUUGAGUCGUCAUCAAUAUUAUCAGAAGAUACGUUUUGGACAAUAAGUGUAUCUGUAUUCUAUGUACUGAUUACAUUUACUAUAUUUUACUAAAAUAAUUUGAGUGCUGUCAUCUCAUAAAUUGAGUUUCGUAAUUUAUAUUUCUAUAUUAUAUUAAUAAAAGUUUGUUGAGAGUUUUGUCAGUUCUGCUAGAGUUGAAAGUGUCAAAGAGACUUUAGUGACAAUACUGUAUAUAUUGAAGUUUGAACCACUUUUCACUCAAGCUCUCCAAGAUUAUAAUUCGAACUCAAGUUGUUGUAUGUUUGUUACAUUAUUCAUGGAAACUGAAUAAAUUCUUCAUUAGUAACCGAUACUGUUCAUUAUUCAUUUAUUUAUUGUUUAUUUAUUUUUAUCCUUCCACUCACAGGAAUAUA